GCAGAGUAGACGUAGACGUUCAUUUAAUUGUUUGGUAUACUCUUUAAGAAUCUCAGGUGUAUCUCUUUAGUUUGAAGUUAAACUGUUUUAGCUGUAUAAAUAUGAAGAAGCAGAUUAUGGAUGAGUCUGAGAAUUUUUGUUUUAAGAAGUCACUGAUGCCGCCUCCUCCUCCAACGAUUCCUCCAUCUCCAGGAUAUGGAUCAAGAAAGAUCGAGGGAGACAGCAUAACCAAUAUACAGAUCAAGAAGUUCUGGAGGCAGAAGCAGAUCAUUGAAGAGGAGCAUCUCUUUGCUGCUAUUAAGGCUGCAGCUCGUGUCAGAGCCCGUAAUCUCUCUGAUGAGGACUACAAACGCUUCGAAGAAAGCUUGGACAUGGAGGACCCGGAAUUCGAAGUUCAUGAGGGGAUAAAAGACUGGUGGAUGAAGAGCAAGUACGCAUACUUGAACCAGCCGGCUCUUGGAUCUGCGGAUUCUCUGAAGAGAAAGAGGUUUUCUUCUUACGUACCAAAUUAUUUCUCAUUCAAGCCCUGCAUUCCUCUUUAUGCAACGUCGCUCAAUGUCUUUUAGAUAUUAGCAAAAUCUUUUUCAAGAUCAAUUGUCUUCUGUAUAUAUGUCUAUAUAUAUGUGUGUGUUUGCGUCCCUGUACAUUCAUAUGUUACUGUAUCCAUGUUAAUGGAUAUGGACUUUGUUGUGUGGCUGUUGAUUUGUAACUUUUAAUAAAAUUCAAUAUUACUAUGGAACAUUGAUUUCUUCUUGUUCCAUAGAUGAUGAUAAGGUUAUUGUACUUCAGUGUUUAUAUAAUUGAUUCUACC